AUGCCAACCACCGCAGUCGACAACCUGGACACGCGCAUGAUGAGCAAGUGGCCGCCGAUCUCUAUCAAGACCUUGCAGCAGUGCAUGGAGACGUUGGCCAAGAACUUGAGAGCAGCCAUCAACAUGAAGACGGGCAAAUCGUUUGGUCUAAUGUUUGACGGUUGGUCCUACGGAUCUAUGCAUUUCGUCGGGCUGUACAGUGUGUACGAGGUGGUGGGGAUU